GGCUAAUAAAGAGGCACAGAUAGAAAGUGGAGCAAGGCUGGAAUUGGAAUGGGCGAGGAAUCUGGAGCGGCUGUGGCUACGAGACUACGGGACUACGGCAUCUUACCAGUAGCUUGCGCGUAAUAUAAUUUCAAGAUCGCGAUUUGUGUCACCAUAUACAACCUCAACCUCAAUCCACUCCACCACUCUCAGGGAAAACAUGUCCGACUUUGGCGAUUCCGCAGACGGCAAUGGCACGCCCGCACCAUCCACAUCCACUCGCAGAUCACCAAAACGAAGACGAGUCUACCAUGACAGCGAGAACUCCACCCCGCGAUACAGCUCCGAGGGCGUCGAGGAUCACAUCCCGUAUCGCUCCUCCAACCUGAACAAUCGCCAUGAUUCGGAGCGUCGCAGGUCGCAUGGCAGUGAAGAGAGAAAGAGGGAGAGGGGGAUGGAGAUGGAGAGGCCAUACCGAGACAGCAGAAGUCGAAGUCGAAGUCGAUCCACCACGCCCAUAGAUACACCGCGAUCCUCACAUUCCCAUUCCUGUCCCUUCGAACUGCCUUCUCCGCCGAAACACAAUCCACUGCGACUCAACUACAAACAGAAAUUCAUUUUACGCGGUCACAAAAAGGGCGUGGCUCAGGUACGAUUCUCCCCCGAUGGUCGAUGGAUUGCGAGUUGUUCAGCCGAUGGCACUAUCAAAAUCUGGGAUGCCUCAAACGGCAAACAUAUGAGGACCAUGGAAGGCCAUUUGGCAGGUGUGUCAACCAUCGCAUGGAGUCCAGACUCCAAUACGAUUGCUUCGGGGUCUGAUGAUAAGGCCAUUCGACUAUGGCACAGAGCAACCGGAAAGCCUUAUCCUGCACCACUCCUGGGUCACCAUAACUAUGUCUACUCGCUCGCCUUCUCCCCAAAAGGAAAUAUACUGGUCAGUGGAAGCUACGAUGAGGCCGUAUUCUUGUGGGAUUUGCGAGCCAGGAGGCAGAUGAGAAGUUUACCUGCUCAUUCCGAUCCCGUGGGCGGCGUCGACUUUAUCAGAGAUGGCUCCUUGGUGUGCAGUUGCUCAACUGACGGACUUAUGUAAGAGGUCACGCGUCUGCCGUCCCCUCAGACUUUGCUAACACCUCCUCUUCAGACGCGUUUGGGACACUGCCACCGGUCAAUGUUUACGGACACUCGUUCACGAGGACAACGCCCCGGUAACACAAGUCCGCUUCUCCCCCAACGGCCGUUACAUUCUCGCUUUUACCCUCGACUCUUGCAUUCGUCUUUGGGACUAUGUCUCGGGGCAUUGCAAGAAGACCUACCAAGGCCAUGUUAAUAACAAAUACUCUCUUGGCGGCGCCUUUGGCGUGAGUAGUACCGAAGGGUUUAUCGUCUCUGGUAGUGAGGAUGGUGACAUUUUAUUCUGGGAUGUACAAAACAAAAAUGUGGUACAGAGAGUCAGCGGACAUGAUGGGGUGGUUUGCUGGGUUGAUACGUAUCCAGGGGCCACUGGAACGGUUGCAAGUGCUGGUUUGGACGGGACCGUGCGAAUCUGGGUAGAUGUGGGGGAUGGGGGAGGGGAUGAGGAAACAAUUGCCGACUUGAAACUACACGACGAACCAGGCCAUGAUGGCUAUCUACAUGGAGAGGUCGUGGAAAAUGAGAUGAUGGAUCUGAAGACAGAAAACGGCGUUGUUGGUGGCUAUGAGCAUGAUACCCCAAGAGAUGAUAUAAGCAUGGAUGGUAAUAUUCGAGAAGAUGAAAAGAGUUAUGAGGAUCCUGACAGGAUGGAACUUUAA